CUCCUCCUCACAGUGUAUUGCAGCUUUAAACAGUCCACAAUGCCUUGCGGUGUCCCAGUUCCAAUGCGAUGUAUUUACCAGCAGGAGUACUGAAACGGGGGAGAGGGGCUUUUUCCGCAGCUCACUGGUGAGACCGCAGAAGACUUGCGCACACAAGAGGACGGACGCAAACUUCUGGACACAAACGUCCUGGUUUGUGUGUCCGGACGCGGCUGCGAGCGCCUCUUUUUUCUCCCCUCCGCGUCUUUGUGUGUCCAGCAGCAGCAGCAGCAGCAGCGUUACUUUGUCGCAGUUCGUUGAGAAGUGAUUUACUGGGCGAUGCUGGAGAAGAAGGACACAUUUUGCGGAAUUCACGCCUCUUACCUGUGUUACCAGCCCAAACUUCAGUCCCGAGAGGAAACACUGACUCCAAUCCCGUCUGCGGCAUAAAAGAAAAAGUGAAGUAGCCGGAAGGGGCUUCGGCUGCCCUGCACCACUGGAGCCUUCAAUAAUGUCGGGGCCAACAUGCCGCAACCGGCCCCCUCGCUUCUGACCCAACAUGGAGCUCAAGGUCUGGGUGGACGGAGUCCAGAGGGUCGUGUGCGGGGUCACCGAGGCAACCACCUGCCAGGAAGUGGUGAUUGCUCUGGCUCAGGCCAUAGGUCGCACUGGGAGAUACACUCUGGUAGAAAAAUGGCGGGACACCGAGCGUCACCUCGCCCCGCACGAGAGCCCUGUGGUGUCUCUGAACACCUGGGGUCAGUACGCUGGUGAUGUCCAGCUGAUCCUACAUCGCACCGGCCCCUCCCUGACUGAACGACCUCCCUCAGAGGGACCUCCUCUCAGGGGGCCUGAGCGAGGGCUGCACCGGCAGAGCCUCCCUCCCCUUGCUAAGCUUCGUCACCCCAACGAUCGCUCCCUCCGCCGCCGCGAACCACGCCGCAAGUCUCUCACAUUCACAGGUGCGCCCAGAGGCCUUAGGGAGAUACUGAGCGGAGGCAGAAUCGGAGAGGCUGAGGCUAAACGAAGACUUCUCCUGGGAAACGGUGGAAAUCACCACCAUGCAGGACCGGCCAUCGGGAGUGCAUCACCUGGCCUGUGGGCUUGUCGCAUGGAAGAUCUGGUCAGAUUAGUCGGCCUGCAGAGAGAGACUCUCAAUGUGCUGGAGACAAAGCUGGAGGCCUAUGAGGCUGAGCUCCAGGCCUGGGCUGAAGGGCGAGUGGGGCGAGGUGGAGGGUGCAUUGGGGACCCAGGUGGAGGAGGAGGGUUGAUAGAAGAGAUCCUGAGGCUGGAGAAACAUCUGAGGAAGAAUGAGGUGGAGAUGGAGGAGGAGGAGUUUUGGGCCACUGAGCUGCAGAUUGAGAUGGAGAGUGAGAGACAGCUGGAGGAACGACUGCAGGAGCUACGAGGACGCCUGCAGGGCUGCGAACUGGACAUCGAAGAAAAGCUGGCAAUGGUACAGAGUGUGGAGGCAGGCCUGGAGGAGGAGCGUCUACAGAGGGAGCGGCAGGAGACCCAGUGGGUGAGCGAGGCCGAGGCUCGGGCUCAGGUCCUCAGGGUCAAAGCGGAACUGAAGGCCCAGGAGAGACAGGCGGUCCAGCUGGAGAGCAGCUGCAGAGCCGUGGACAGGUCUCUUGGACAGAGCAGCAAGAAACUGCAGGACAUGCAGCACGAGCUGGAGCAGCUGACCAAAGAGCUGAGGCAGGUUAACCUGCAGCAGUUCAUCAAGCAGACCGGCACCAAGGUCACAGUGCUGCCGGCUGAACCCUCCGAGGAUGAAAGUACUCACAGCAGCCAUGGGAUAGAUUUAGUUCCCCUGACUGGUUCCCUGAAGCGCCCCGUGUCGUCACACCCGAUGUCCGGUCACCUCCGGGUCCUCCACAACCCUCUCAGCUCUGGCCUGAACCCAGAGGGGAUCUACGUGUGAGGCAGUCACGAUAUGUGUGGCGGCGAAACGCAUCUUUUCUCCCUCCUGGAGCCCAUUUUCACUCGAGAACACAUUUGUAAGUGGAUAUCUUUGUACAGGAUACCUCAGUAGCACACUACUAUGCACUGUUUUCUCAAUUACAUGAAGGCAACCUUGGGUGUAAGGACUCCACUAGCGAAGGACUGGUGUUGAUCUUUUAAAUGGAAGUCAUGGAGCACUUAGUGGGAUUACAGCCUCGAAGCUAUGACAUGAAGAAGACACACGACAGCAGAGUUGUCUGUCACGGAAGGACUCUACGCAUCAGGCUGUUGUGGACUCCCUUUAUAAACAUAUCCACUUAAUGUACUUUGACUCCCACUUUAGUACCUGCUGAAUGAUUUGUAUUGUUUCUCACUAGCAUCAUGACUCAAAACUAUUGCCUUCUGAACAGUAUUUCUUGAGAAUUCUUGGUAUGUGAAUCUUACGAACUGUAUCUCUAAAACUCCUGUGUAAUUCCUGCAGUGAAUACAUUUUACCCAGCAUAGCGACCGGUUCUCGUAUAAGUAAUGAAGGAUCUACUUGUGUCUGUAGUAAAACUGGCUAGAAUCUCUCAUGUUUAGCAUAUCAGAAUUUUAUUCCCGUAGCUCUGAUUGUCUGUUCAUGUUCAAACUAUGCACAAAUGGUUAAUAGUUUUGUUACCGAAGAAUGUCAUUGUCUGUAAUGUACCAAAAUGAUGGCUUACUGUAAAUAUGUUUUCUUACUUUACAGCUUUAUUUAGUGAAUUAUUCUAUUUUAUUACAAAACUGUGCGUUCACGGUUACAAAGAUUGGAGUGCGCUCAUUCCUGCAGUAAUACCUGCAUAAUGAACCAGUUAAUUAUCCUCUUAAGCUGAUUUCUUUUUGUUGUUGUUAAGAUGACUACACAGUAUAUUUUUGCCAAAUGUAUUACGCUUUGUUGUUUUGUUUUUUUUUUGUUUUUUUCUUGUAAGGAUUGGUUGGCCAAAGAUUAGCAGGUCUUGUUGCAUGAUUGUGUCGUUAAUAUAGCCAUAUCUGGAUGUGCACAGCACCCACAGUACAGUGAAAAAAAAAAAAAUCAAUUAGUCGAGUCUACAAAUGUACAAAUGGUGGCAUGUAAACAAUGAAUAGCUACAGCUACUGUGUGUGUGUGUGUGUGUGUGUGUGUGUGUGUGUGUGUGUGUGUGUGUGUGUGUGUGUGCAGAGUCAGAACAGCCAAGGUCUGAAUCCCCUCUUAGGUUGUAGUUCAGCUGCUACUCACAUCCAAGUGCCUUAAAUCCAUUCCACAGUCGGCGUAUUCAGAUAACGUACAGUGAAGCUUUAGUAGGGACGUUGAAGCAAUGAGCAGUAGUCAGCGUAGAUCAGAUGUCACUCGAUGUUUUAGAGCCACGGUGCUGCACGGGAGAGAGAAAACGGCAAUAGCGCAGCAACAAAGAGGAAACUAUAAUUAUGUUUUACCUGUCAGUAUUUUAUAUAAAUGUCAGUGGAAAGAAACAUCAAUGAUAGUGCUUUUUUUUCCACUUUGUUACUGUAUUACUGUCACCGUGAUACUAUGUGCUGUGUUUUGCGUUCACUUGUGAUCUGAUUUGCAACACAUACUGUAUACUAUAGUACUGUUGACCAGGUAUGAACAGUGGAUGUAAUACAGAAGGAAAAGUCCACCCUGUAGCAUUCAGCCACACAUCACCACUGCAGUGUGUCUCUCUCUGCUUUUCACUGAAAGAGGAGACCUUUUUAAAAAUCAACGAUAGCAUGUAUUUGGGUGGAUUUUCCCUUUAAGAAACCACUUGUGUGCAUUUUUCCACCCCGGCGGGGGGACGAGACGUAGCUGUUUACAACCUGUUUAUGUUCUAGAGAACUGUAAGAUGUCGCUGUAUAUAACCUGUUUUUAAUGUUUUGGGUUUUUUUCUUGCCUUAAUAUACUGCAAAGUGUCGACAGAUGUAUGGCUGUAAGUGGCUGCUGGUAUGACAAAGGAUUGCAUGAUUCAAUAAACCAUCUGACGAUAAAAAAAAAAAAAAAGAGAUGCGCCACUGCAGGUGCCCGUGGUAACCGUACGUGUUUGCUGGUGGAUGUAAGGAAAUGGGGGGGGUUUGUGAUGUAUGGAGCAGCAUGUUCCUCGAGCUUUUCACCACUAGAGGGAGACGUCUACACAGUAAUGGUGGACACAACAUGGCUGGGAGAGACUUGAGGGGGGAAAGACACCUUUUGUUUUUUUUUUCCCUACAGAAGAGCGAAAUGAUAGGAAAUGUUCUUGUGUAUAAAAAUGCAUUUUCUCUGCAUAGUGAACUAUGUUACUUGGGUUUAUAAGAGGACGUUGAAAAUAAAGGCAAACGUGCAUCGGCU